CUUGUUUGUUUCCGAGUGUGCUCCACGUGUAGCUUGGGUUGUUUUCAUGAACGGACGUCUGCUCUCCAUGGGCUGUGCUUCGUAUUUCCCGCUGGUUCACGCAUCGUCUUACACAAACUCCAGAGAGGGGAAGAGUGGGAGAGAGACAGUCACAAAGUCUGGGAGGCUCUGGUUGAGGUUGACUUGGAUCCAAAUCCACUGGAGCAGCAAGACAGAAAGUUCCGGAGUUUGGACUAGGACAGAAAGGCUUUCGAGCACAGCACAUCAAGUUUUAGACCGUAACAAAAGCCUUAUACUGUAGAGUGAUCUUUUUGUUUCCUGUUUGCAGUUUUCCCAGUGGGCUGUACCCUGAAGGAGUGUUUAGGGAAUGUCUCACAUGGUUUCCCAGAACUAGUGAAGUUGUUAGCAGCAUUAGCAACAGUUUAAGCUGUUGACAGAAGUGCUAACAAUGUCAGUUACAGCGUUUCUGGUCGUCCUCCUGUCUUUCUACCUGACUGUGGGGUCAGUCCACAGCCAGGGCUCCCCCCAUGAUUCCUUCAUCAUCCAGUACCUGGAGAGGAGACUGUCUCAGAUGGAGGAGCGUAUGAAUCAAUGUGAGCAAAAGACAGUGGGCGUCACCCAGAAGACCUAUGACCUCUCCUCUGAAAUCAGGGGUUAUCUGUCCACCCUCAAUGUUGUGAGAUCAGAGGUGCAGAGCGAGAUGGACAGCGUGUCUGCCCGUGUAGACCGCGUCGAGAGGGAGCUGGAGUAUCUCGAAAACAAGAUUCCCACCCAGACUGACAUCGAGAUGGAAGAGGCACUGCUGGAACAACAGAUCAAAGCUGCAGAAUUGGACCUGCUGAAGAAGAAAGCCAAGAUUAAAGUGGAGAAGGACUGCAGCAUUGGCCUGAGUCAGAUCAAGUCUCUCAAGAUUGUGAAGAAGGCAGGAGACACCUAUGGUUCCUGGUUCAAGGACCCCUCUCAAGGGUCAACGAAGGUGUACCUGCUCAGUGGAAUCAGUAACAACACUCUGCUGGAGUAUGAUUCCCUGCACAGUUUCAUAGAAAGCAACACCACCACACCAGUGAAAGUGUUGCAGCUGCCUUUUCCUUGGAUCGGGACAGGUCAGCUGGUCUACAAUGGAUUCCUCUACUACCAUAAGGCGGACACUCCAAACCAGAUACUGAAGGUGGACCUGUUGAAUGGUACCGUGGUGGACAGUACACUUGUACCAGGAGCGGGUCGUCUACCAGUUUACAGUCUGAACCCCAACACCUACCUGGACGUGGCUGUGGAUGAACUUGGUCUCUGGGUCAUCCAUGCUGACCCUGAGUAUGGAGGAAACCUGGUCAUAACCAAACUGGAUAAAGGUAGUUUGGCAGUGGAGUAUACCUGGGAUACAAAAUGCAGAAGCCGUGAUGCGGAAGGAGCCUUCCUGAUAUGUGGGACCCUCUAUGUGGUCUACAACACACGCUAUGGAGGUCGCUCCACCAUACAGUGUCUCUAUGACAUUCAUGACAUCAUCCACAGUGAUGAGAGCCCUGUCAUGUUCUUCCCAAAGCGCUACACCAGCCACAGCAGCAUCCACUACCACCCCGGAGACAAACAGCUGUAUGCCUGGGACGACGGCUACCAGACAAUAUACAAAGUGGAGACGCACAGAAAUGAUCAAGUCACUAAAGAAUGAAGAUGAUCAACAUCUUUCAAAACAUGUGUUAUCACUAACCAAAUUUGGAAGGAAAAAAACGAGGAAACAUGUAUGAAUAUAUAGCUUAUAUCUACUGUUUUAUAGUUAUCUUUUGCUGGCAAUAGAAGCUAACUUUAUCAAUAGUAAUUGUUAAAGGCCUAAAGACUGUGUCAAACAAAAGGCAUUUUAUAUAGGCUUUAUAUUUUGUAUUACCACAAUAAAAAACAUUGAAGUGU